UGAGUCUCCAAGCUUCUAACCCACCUCGCCGACGCAACCAUGGCCUCCAGCGUGGAGCAGUCUCCAUUCUUCCAGCAGGCGAGGGCAAAAGGCGCUAUUGUCGUCAAAGAUCCUCCAAAAUUCGAUCUGGAUUCCUACAUCGCCAAUUAUGACGGUGCAACCCGUCUAGAACGGCUACACCACAUCGGCGCCAGCUCGACCUACCUCGCUCUCGAUGCCUAUCGCAUGGCCAUUACGGAGGCAAAGCUGGGCAGGAACGUUAAAUUUUACCUCGCCCUAACCGACGAUUUCAAUAAAAUUUCUCCGGAUGAUUCCUUGGCAUUAGUGGAUACAGCUUGGGUGGAGAAGAGGAAUCGAGACGUCAAGCAGGAUCAGGACAAGCUGGAGCAUGAGCUCAAAUCUUACAAGAACAACCUAAUCAAGGAAUCUAUUCGGAUGGGUAACGAAGACCUCGGCCAUUUCUACUAUGCAUGUGGGGACUACACCAAUGCCCACAAAGCCUAUUGGCGCAUGCGGGAACACUGCACUUCCAACAAACACCUGGCUGACAUGACUCUCCGUCUAGUAUACGUUAGCAUUGCUCAGAGGGCGUGGUUAGGCGUGCAAUCACAGUUGGUGAAGGUUGACGCAUCACAAUUAAAGGGCGACGAGAAGAACAAGUUGGAACCCAUCGUUUCGGCAUGCUCGGGCCUCGCCCAUAUGUGCACCGGCAACCUUCGAGAAGCGGCGAACAACUUCAUCCACACCUCCCCACAAUUCCUCACCCUGGAACCGGCUGCCGGAAUCGUGUGGCAGAAGGAGGUCUUAUCAGGAAACGAUAUAGCUGUAUACGGUGGUCUCUGUGCCCUCGGAUCUAUGGACCGUAGCGACUUGCAAACAAAGGUCCUCGCAAACGGCGACUUUCGCAACUUCCUUGAGCUCGAACCUCAUAUCCGGCGCGCUAUCAGUCUCUUCUGUAACUCAAAAUAUAGCGCCUGUCUGGAGGUACUGGAAGGUUAUCGGACAGAUUACCUGCUGGAUGUGUAUCUGUCGAGGGUUCUCUCGGUCAUCUACAACAAUGUCCGAACCAAGAGCAUCGUCCAGUAUUUCAUCCCGUUCAGUUGUGUUACACUGGAGGAAAUGGCCAAAAAAUUCCAACCCACUGGCGACUUUGGCAGCAUUGAGGAAGAGCUCGAGGACAUGAUCAACGCCGGCAUUUUGAACGCUAGAAUUGACCUUGUCGAUCGCCUCCUCAUAUCACCUCCCACAAAUCCCCGCUACGACGUUCACACAGACGCCCUCGCCAUGGCCGAGAAAUAUGAUCACACUCUUCGCCUGCGAUUGACCCGCCUCAAUUUAAUGAGUGCAGGUUUAUCCGUCACUCCCGACAAGUCCCAGAACAAAGAGGGCCUCGACCCCCGCUUUGCAGCGGACGGCGGCCUCGGUGCUAGUCUGAGGGGUUUGGGUUCUCGAAUGGGCUUCUGAGAGGCACUCUUGGUGCUGGCUGCUUUCGCGGAAUCAUAAUGGAGGCAUUUGCAGGCGUUCGUCGGGGUUCAUGAAUCCGGGUGUGGUGAUGAUAAUUUCCACUGGCGUUUAGAUGCACGAAUCUGAUGAGGAAGAUGGAGGAGGAAUGAUCGGCUCGACGCUUUCAAACGGAUACGAGUGACCGAAGGACAUAAAUAUUCAUAGGAGGACUAUGGCAUGGAAAUAUGACUGUAUCUUCCUCCAAACUCCCUUAAUUCAUUAUU